GCCAGUUUAGAAGCGCUAAGAAAAUGUCGCAAAUGGAAGAGGACAAAGAAAGCGCUGCUGCAUUGGACAUUGCACUCGUUGGCAUUUUAAAAAGUUCAAAGAGUCUGAGAGCCAAGGUGCCCUGGUACUAUGCACCCGCCUUUCUGCUGCUCUGGGUCGCGCUCUUCUUUGCAGUGGUUGUUCCGCUGUUCAAUCGGCUGCCAGAGAGCGUCACGAUUGCCCAGGAAUCGCAGAAGCCUAACGAAUUUGUGGCCGAACGCGCACAACUUCUACUACUGAGCUUUGAUAGCAUCGGGCCCAAGGUCGUGGGCAGCAUUGCCAACGAGGAGCGCACGGUCCGCUUUCUGCUCGACGAGGUGGAAAAUGUGCGCGCAGCUAUGAGAGCGGAUCUCUACGAACUGGAGGUGGAUGUGCAGCAGUCAUCCGGUGCGUAUAUGCAUUGGAAUAUGGUGAACAUGUACCAAGGCGUGCAGAAUGUGGUUGUCAAACUGAGCACGCGUCGCUCGGCCAGCGAGUCCUAUUUGCUGCUCAACAGUCACUUCGACUCGAAGCCCGGCAGUCCCGGCUCUGGCGACGAUGGCACCAUGGUCAUUGUCAUGCUGGAGGUGCUGCGGCAAAUGGCCAUCUCAGAGCAUCCCUUCGAGCAUCCCAUUGUCUUCUUGUUCAAUGGCGCCGAAGAGAAUCCUUUGCAGGCCUCGCACGGCUUCAUCACUCAGCACAAAUGGGCCAAGAACUGCAAAGCGCUUAUUAAUCUGGAGGUAGCUGGCAGCGGCGGUCGAGAUCUUCUCUUCCAGGGUGGACCCAAUCAUCCCUGGCUAAUGCGGUAUUAUAAAGACAAUGCCAAACAUCCUUUUGCCACCACCAUGGCCGAGGAGAUCUUUCAGGCUGGCAUACUGCCCUCGGAUACAGACUUUCGCAUAUUCCGUGAUUACGGCCAGGUGCCAGGCCUCGAUAUGGCGCAGAUCAGCAAUGGCUAUGUCUACCAUACGGAGUUCGACAACUUUGCGGCUGUGCCACGCGCAUCGUUGCAGAGCUCGGGCGAGAAUGCUUUGGCUCUGGUGCGCGCCUUUGCCAAUGCCAGUGAAAUGUACGAUACGGAGGCACACAGUCAAGGAAAGUCGGUCUUCUUUGACUUUCUUGGCCUGUUCUUUGUCGUCUACUCGGCCACAACGGGCAUCAUUCUGAAUUGUUGCAUUGCGGCUGUGAGUCUGUUGCUCGUUUGCAUCUCGCUGUGGCGCAUGGCACGCGUCUCCGAGCUGUCCCUCUGCCAGAUCUCGCUUUUGUUUGCCAUCAUUCUGGGUCUGCACGUGCUGGGUGUUCUGCUCAGUGUGGGGCUGCCUUUGCUGAUAGCUGUUCUAUUCGAUGCCGGCGACGGGUCAUUGACCUACUUCACGCACACCUGGCUGAUGAUAGGGCUCUACAUUUGUCCGGCUAUUAUUGGACUGAGUCUGCCCACAACACUCUACUAUAGUUGGAGGAAGAAUCUUAAGAUCAGCCACGCCUACCAUUUGCAUAUGAGCCUGCACGCCCACUGUGUGGUGCUGGCCCUAAUAGCCAUCAUACUGAGCGCAGUUAGUCUGCGUACACCCUACCUCUGUAUGAUAUCUAUACUCUUUUAUUCCGCUGCGCUGCUCGUCAAUCUGCUGAGCCGCUUGCACGAUCGAGGCUAUUAUUGGGUGCUCAUCACUCAGGUGUUCCAGCUGAUACCGUUCUUCUACUUCUGCUACCUGUUCCACAUGUUUCUGGUCAUAUUCAUACCCAUGAUGGGUCGCAAUGGCAGCUCUAUAAAUCCCGAUCUCUUAGUAGCUUUGCUGUGCACACUCGGCACAUUCUUUGCAAUGGGAUUUGUGUCGCCACUUAUCAACAUGUUUCGCUGGUCAAAAUUCAUCAUGGUCGGACUGGGCAUAGUCACCUUUAUAUUCAGCAUGAUAGCCAUUUCGGAUGCUGGCUUUCCCUACCGGCCCAAGACAAGUGUGAUGCGUGUGAAUUUUCUGCAUGUGCGACGCAUCUUCUACGAAUAUGAUGGCAGCGUUAGCCUCAACGAUUCGGGCUAUUAUUUUGACUUCCAGGACAGGCGUCUCAACUAUCCGCUCGAGUACACUUCGGUUGACUUGACGGGUCUGACCAGCAUCAAAGAGCACUGUAAUACGGAACUGAUGUGUGGCGUGCCCUGCUUCAACCAUCGCUGGUGCAAGGCGCGCGCCACAGGCAACUGGUUGGCGCGCGAGCAGGAGGUGAUCAUACCUGGCAACUCCUCCUUGUUGCUGCUGAGCAAAACCCUUUUGCCAACAGGCAACACGAUGCGCUAUGAAUUCGAGCUGAGCGGACCACCACACAUGGGCUUAUUUAUAGAGCCACAAGCAGGCGUAACUGUGGAGGACUGGUCCUUUAUAAGAAAUCCGCUAGACGAGCCCGAAAAGUACACGCGACCCUAUCAGAUAUUCUUCUCCUAUGGCAAGGACAAUUCACCCUUAAGAUUCCACAUCGAUUUCGCUUUUCCCGCUGGAAAUGUCGAUGUUCCCAUCUUUCAAUUGGGCGUUGCGUGGCAUUACCUGAGCUACGACUAUGAAAGAGAUGUGGCGGGAAUGCAGUUUAUAGCCGACUUUCCAGACUUUGUGCAUGUGAUGGAGUGGCCAACGCUCUAUAAGCGUUACAUAUACUAAGCUAACUUUAUAUAACUUUAUAUAACUAAUAAUAAGUCUUGUGCUAAUAACAAACUAA